UUUCAGAGUGCUUAACUAGCUCAAGGAUGAGUUGUCUAUCCAUUGUGCUUGACUGUGAUGCUCGUCACUGGGGUGAACUGGCUGAGAAGGGAAACAAUGAGAAUGUAAUUUGUACGUUGAUCCAUUCUAUUACUUCGUAUACCACAGCUCAUAUGUCACUUUCUGCGGCGAAUCGUAUAAUCGUCAUUGGUGCUGAUGGAACACUUUCGGAACCAACCAUCUACGCUACAAAUACAUCAAUAGAUAUAGAUAUGAGUUCAGCAGUAAAAACAGCAGUACGAAAUGCUCUUAAAAAGUCGGCUUCUUCAACAAAUACAACGGAAUCAGCCGUUUUCGCACCUGCCGUUGCCAUUGCCAUUUGUCAUAUCUUUCGUUACAAGAAUGAAGUUGAUAACGGAGAUGGGCGCAUCCUUAUUAUCAACAUAGGUAGUGAUCUCCGUGGAGAGCAUAGUAUUUUAAUGAAUAUCUUCUUCGCUGCUCAUAAGCAUAAUAUUCUCAUUGAUGUGGCCAAUAUUGGUGAAGCAUCGACAAUUUUGCAGCAGGCGAGCGAUAUUACUGGCGGUACUUAUUUCAGCGUUAAAAAACCAAAGCAGUUGCUGAAAUAUACUAUGUGUUUUACGCUUGGAAAGGCAUCGCUACGUUCAGCAUUUCCAUCACCUUCAUCAUCGACUUCAGUGGAUUAUCGAGCUAGCUGCCAUUGCCAUGGUGCUCCAGUAAGUAUUGGAUGGGUAUGCUCCGUGUGUCUUUCGGUUCAGUGUCACUUUAAUCCAAUAUGUCCUGCAUGCAACACCGUGUUUAAAAUUUCAACCUUGGCAAGGCGAGGACGGAAGAAACGUCGAGAAGGAAACUGAAAACAAACAUAAGAAAGUUACGAUCUUUUACUAUCAUAAAUCGAACUAUGAUCCAAAAUGUUUUCGGAAUAUUUUUUGGAAUGUUUUCGGAAUGAAAAAUAAAGCAACAAUGCAUUGGUAACAUAAAUGCAUACACAAACUACGCAAAUGGUAUGCAGGUGAACGAGAACAAAAAGAAGGUAUAUUGACAGGAAGUUCAUGAAUACCGACAAAAUCUGUGAUAACUUCCUCGCUGCAGAACUCUGGAUGAAUUGUAGUAUGAACAUGAAGAUAUAAGAAAGACAACCGUAUAUGGGAUUUUUCUGAAAUAAUUCCAGUUGAUCAUGUAUACAAAUGGUUUUCAGAUAAGG